GAGCCCGAGCACGCGAACCCUCAGAACUCCACCUUCCAAGCGACCUUUGGCUUGCUGAAUGCUUGCGCGGUUCAGCAUCCCUGGAAGCAGGAAUCUACGAUUCUUCUAGGUUUUUCUGGAAGUCUGCACCUGAGGGUAUGUCUGUGCACAGGUGUGCAGGAGCCCAUGGAAGUCAGAAGGGGGCAGCAGAUCCCCUGGAGCCAGAGUUGCAGAUGGUUGUGAGCCCCCGUGUGGGUACUGGGUAAGAGCAGCCUGUGCUCUCAAGCCCCGAGCCCUCUCCCCAGCCCCUCUGUUAGCUCCUAUUUGUGAAGCCUUCCACGGCCCCUGGAUGCAAGCAAGUCUCAAGACAUGCCACUUUCGGGUGCUGUACCAGUCACAGUUUCAGAGAAGCUAAGAGAGCGGACCUGCAGUGCUGACUGUGUGGGCUCCCUACAGGGCACCCGAGUGUGCUGGGUGCCACCCACUGCUUCUCUCGCUUAUGGAUGAGGCCGGGAGAGGAAGUGACCGGAUGAGAUCGAGGCUGUUUAUGACGGAUGCGUGGUCUCAUAUAAUUCCCCAGAAUUUGGCUUCAGAGACUACAAAGAAAAAAAAAACUUGUUUGAACAGAAGGAGUUUCUCUUCCUUCAAUUCAUGCCAGCUUAAAGCCAGACUCCACCCCUUCCUCUCCCUCCUCUGCUCUCCCAAGUGGCCAGAUGGAAGGAAAGGUCAGCACUCUUAUCCCAGAUACCUGAACGAGGUAUGUGACGUCCACAUCCUGAGGCUCGCCCUCGUCAGUCCUGCCUGUAGGAACCAGCCGAGCACCAUGAAGACCUGUCGUGGGCGGCUGCAUCCCUGGAGUCUAGGUGUCCUGUUUUUGACUGCGUUAGCAUUGCUGUUCAUUGCGUCCUCCUUUGUGAAGGAGCCUAGCACAAAGCCUUCCAGGUAUCAGUUUAUAAGGGAGAACAAAGAAGAAACGUUUCAGGAGAUGCUAGAAAAGGCCACGCUCCACAGACCCGUCACAGAGCUGCCAUCGAGAGUUCAAAUCAAGGACGAGACUGCUGACAGGAACACCGAGGCAGCCCGAGGAGAGGGGAAGGAGAAGAGAAAGGUGGAGCCUGUGGCAGAGACGCUUGUUCCAGGAAGUCGGGGAAGAGCGUUGACAGCCACAGGAACACUGUUAACACGGCUGGAAAAAAAAGUGACCGGCAGAGGAGCUGUUCCAGCGGAGGAGAAGGUGGCCCAGGUCAAGCCAUCCCCCGCCUCUUCCCUUCACCCCACCACACAAAGAAGGCAAAGGCUGAAGGCCUCCAACUUCAAGUCCGAGCCUCACUGGGAUUUUGAGGAAGACUACAGCUUGGAUGUGGGGGGCCUGCGGACGACCUGUCCUGACUCUCUGAAGAUCAGGGCCUCCAAGUCACCGUGGCUGAAGAAUAUCUUUCUGCCCAACCUCACUCUCUUCCUGGACUCUGCACACUUCACCCAGAGCGAGUGGGACCGCCUGGAGCACUUUGCACCGCCCUUUGGCUUCAUGGAGCUCAAUCAGUCCCUGGUACAGAAGGUCGUGACCCGCAUCCGUCCUGUACCCCAGCAGCAGGUGCUCCUGGCCAGCCUCCCCUCGGGGAGCUCCAGGUGCAUCACCUGUGCCGUGGUGGGCAACGGGGGCAUCCUGAAUGACUCCCAUGUGGGCCAGGAGAUAGACAACCACGACUACGUCUUCCGGCUGAGCGGAGCCAUCACUAAAGGAUACGAGCAGGAUGUGGGGACGCGGACCUCCUUCUACGGCUUCACCGCCUUCUCCGUAGUCCAGUCGAUCCUCACUCUGGGUGGCCGAGGUUUCCAGCACGUGCCUCUGGGGAAGGAUGUCCGAUAUCUACACUUCCUGGAAGGCACCCGGGACUACGAGUGGCUAGAAGCGAUGUUUUUAAAUCAGACCAUGGCAAAAACCAAACUUUCCUGGUUCAGGCACAGGCCCCAGGACGUUUUCCGGGACGCCUUGGACUUAGACAGAUACUUGCUGCUGCACCCAGACUUCAUCCGUUACAUGAAGAACAGGUUUCUGAGGUCGAAGACCCUAGACACUACCCACUGGAGAAUAUACCGGCCCACCACCGGUGCCCUCCUGCUGCUCACUGCCCUUCACCUGUGUGACAAGGUUAGUGCCUAUGGCUUCAUCACCCACGGCCACGAGCGCUUCUCUGACCACUACUAUGAUAAAGUGUGGAAACGGCUGGUCUUUUACAUAAACCACGACUUCAAGCUCGAGAGAACAGUCUGGAAGCGGCUGCACGAUGAAGGCAUCAUCCGGCUGUACCAGCGUCCAGAAAACCCGAAGGAGAAGAGCUGACCAACCAGGUUCAGGAGCCUCCUGGGUCACACAUGGCACAGGGCGUAAGGAUUCCUCAGAUGUCCCCAGCCAUCUCCCAGGACUCGAACCCGCUCCAAGCCCUUCCAGAGUCCCAAGGACGGCUGUGAGACCGAGGCUUUGGAGUUCCCUGGGAAGUCACUGCAGGCUCUGGGAGUCUUUUGUUCAAACCCCACGCUUCGAAUUUGAGCCAAGCCAUGAACCAUUCAGUUCAUGUUACCUUACUUUUCAAACUCUGUCUUCGGGAUUUUGGACUCUGAGACCUAAAAGGACACUAAAGAACAGAUUGAGGCGACUGGUACUGCGUGGAAGAGAAACAAAACAAAACAGAACCCAGCAACCAAACAAACAAACAAACAAGAAAAAAAACCCACCAAUAACAAAACCUUGUUUAGAUUUAGACUUAAUGCCUAAAGCGGUACCAAAGGAUUUGGGAUUUGCUCCGAUAGUGCAGUGGCGGCUCAGGCCGACAGGGGGCGGCAGCUGAGCUCCCGAGCGCUGAUUGCCUCUCCUUGUGGCGGGAAGGGGUUUCAAAUGGCAAGCCAUGAGUCUGGUGAAAUUUGGGAUGGACCGAGCUGAUGUCCCCGAUUUGGAGUAAUUGGCCCAGGGCAGCACUUCUGCAGAGUGGAGCUGCUCCAAAGCACAAUCGGGCGCAGGGCUGAGCAGGACGAAGUUGCCAAGGUCAACGCAAGCUGCCAGGGCAGGACGAGCAGGUGUGCCCCGAAGCGGCCUCCAGGGAGACUGGCUGAAAAGUGCAUCUGCCCGGCGUCGCCCCUUCCUUUCCCUGUGUCCUGUUUUGAACACCUCUGGGACUGGAGAGUGGCUUCUCUGGUCUGGAGAGUGACAGUUGCGGGUCCCUGCUGCCGUAUCGCCACAGCUUUGCAAGCGUGGCCAGGGCACUCAGUCGGAGCAGAAGAGAAAACAACAGGGCUGCAGUCCUUACCAAGUCCUUACCACGUCCAAGUCGGCCCCAAGUCAACUCAGCCUAACUGAGCCUCCGCUCUGCCUACCUCAUACAAUGUACAGCUAACCCACCCUGGAGGGAGCAGGCAAUAGAACUGGAAAAGAGGGGUUUGCUGAUGCAAGCUUGCCUAGUAGCCCCAAUCCAACACUGAGAGGAAACAAAGUUUAAUAAUAAUAAUAAUAAUAAUAAUAAAUAAUGAUGAGGGCUACAGAGAUGGCCAAGGGUUAAGAGCACACACUGCUCUUCCAGAGGACCUGAGUUUGGAUCCCAGUCAGACAGCCCGACAGCCUAUAACUCCAGCCCCAAUGAACCUACUGCUGUCUUCUGUACUCAACCACACAAGGACGCACGCAGACACACAAUUAAAGAAAUAAACCUUGGGCUGGAGCGAUGGCUCCAGAGAGUAAGAGCACUGGCUGCUCUUCCAGAUGUUCAAUUCCCAGCAGCUACAAGGAGGCUCACAGCCAUCUGUAGUGAGAGCUGACGCCCUCUUCCGGUGUGCAGGCACACAAUCAGGCGGAAUGCUGUAAAUAAUUCUUUUAAGAAAUAAAAAUGAGCCUUAUGUCA